CUUCUGCUUUCUUCUUUUUGUUUAUUCACUGACGUUGAUGUAAAUUGUACUUGUAAGGAUCUUUAGAUUGUUUUAGGAAGAUUAAUUGUUGUUUUUGGGUGAUAUUUUAUUUGGAUUUUGUGUAUCUACUGCAAAAUUUUUGAAAUUUUUAGCUGAUUUUGAGGUUUAAUUUUGUGGGAUUUUGCUUUGUUGUUAUUAGGGUUCGAUAAGGAAAAAAAAGGGUAGAAAUUGGUGUAAAAUGUUGGCUUUAAGCGUGAAUUCAAAAAGGCAAAGGCGACCGAACGUUAGGUUAGGGGAAAUUGGAUAUGUGUCUGCUGCUUUUGCAUGUGGGUUUUCUCAGAAAACUAAGGAAAAUCUGGUUCACAAAACAUGGAAACCUGAUUCUCUCUACUCUCAACACAAUGAACUUGAUACUGUUAUUGAGUUUUCUUCUAAGGGAAUUUCUCCAGAUUUCUUCAUAUCGGCUGAUUCCCAACACAACACAGAGAACAAGAACCCGAAUUCUUCGAAACCAGGUUUCGAUUCGGUUGGUGCUGAUGAAAUUCACAUGAUGAAGUCUGGUUUAAUUUUUGGUACCGUAACCAGGAAGAGUAGGGUCAUGAAAUGGCGAGGAAGGAGUAGGGAGGGCAAUAAUUGCUUGUUCGGUAGUGCUUGGACUCGGAGUUCUAAACUUAGUCCUCGGUUUAGUGGUGAAGAUAGAAAGGAGCAUGGUGAGAAAGAGUUAACGGGAAUCGGAUCAAAUGCUUUUGCUGGUUAUUACCCUGAUAAUGUUUUCCAAGACAUAUUGGAUCAUGAAACAUCAGCUAACAGUAAAGAUGCUUGUGAAUAUAAUGUGGAUGAACCUGGUUAUGACAGUUGGAAGGAUGCUUUUUAUGAAGGAAACAAUGUGUUUCUUAAAUCUGAUGAUGCAUGGGACCAAACAAUAUAUACGCAUAAUGACACAACUAGUGUCCGAGGAUGGUUGGAGGACCUUGGAUUUGGCAGGUAUGCUGGUAUUUUUGAAAUGCACGAGGUCGAUGUGGAAAGUCUGCCUCUGUUGACACCAGAUGAUCUCAAGGAGAUGGGUAUAUUUGCAGUCGGCCAUCGAAGGAAGUUGUACAAUGCAAUACAGCGGUUAAGAGGCAAUGAUUCUUCUUGAAGACUUUUCAGAUAAGCGGAGUUUGAAGUAUCACAAGUGAUGCUGCUAUGCCAACUGUUGUAAUUCGAGGACAAGGAAACGUUAUUGCUGCAAAGCUUAGGUAUGAAUUUUGUGUUUAAUGCUAGUGUUGUUGUUAUGAGCUUUAUAUCAAAAACUUAAACCACAAAUCAUAAUCUUCAUUCCAAAAUCUUUUAAGUA